AUGAGCCAAGACACCUACCACACCGUCCAAACCCAGUACGGCAACAUUGCCAAAGACACCUCCAACCCAACCACCCGACAAGACACAGACGACAAGAUCGCGCAGGCUUUCGGAUACAGUGCUGCCGACCUCUCUUCGCUUCCUGAGAAAACCAAUCUGGGCGUCAGCUGUGGGAAUCCAACUGCGUUUGCCAGUAUCAAGUCGGGAGAAACGAUUGUCGAUCUAGGCAGUGGCGGCGGUAUUGAUGUCCUGCUAGCUGCUCGCAAGGUCGGCGAACAGGGGAGGGCUAUUGGUGUUGAUAUGACGGAGGACAUGAUAAGCCUCGCGCGCAGAAACGCCAAAUCAGCCGGACUGGCCAAUGCCGAGUUCAUCAAGUCCACAAUCACAUCCAUCCCGCUCGCGGAGUCUAGCGUCGACUGUAUCAUCAGCAAUUGCGUUGUUAACCUUGUUCCCAAGGAGGAUAAGCCCGCUGUAUUUACGGAGAUGGCUCGGCUCUUGAAGGCCGGCGGGAGGGUUGCUAUCAGCGAUAUCCUAGCGAGGAAGCAAUUACCGCAGGAUAUCCUGGACGAUAUGGCGCUCUAUGUUGGGUGUGUUUCAGGGGCGAGUCUGGUACCUGAGUAUGAAGAGUGGCUUACACGGGCAGGGUUCACAGACAUUUUGAUCGUGGAUACAAAGGCCGAUAUCAAUGUCUACAAAGAGAGCUGUGGUGACUCUGGUGAAGGAAAUUGCUGCGGCUCUGGUAAGGGCUCUGGCAGGCUUCCGGCUGCCAAGUUUGCAGAUGUCGAUUUCAAUGAGUGGGUUGGUUCUUUCCAGAUUUAUGCUGUCAAAGCUGGUCAGUAG